AUGAAAUUCAUCUAUCUAUCACCCCUCCUCCUCGCCCUCACAGCCGCCCUCCCACAACCACCCAAUCCUAUCCUCUUUCUCAACACGAUAACCACCGCCGCAAACAUCCCACCCAACCUCCAAGCAACCUACUCGACUCUCCUCGCAGCGUGCAAUGCAGAAGCGGCUAACAGUCCAACUUACGUCGCAGUCCAAUACGCCAACCGCCCCGACCCAGUCUUCUUCGACUAUGGCGAAUGUUACCCCUACGCGCUGGGCAACGACAAAGCUAUGAUAGGGGUUUUCUGUCGCUCGGUAACGUGUUUUGAUUUCACGACAGACAGUGCCAAUAACCCCUGUGGAACGGUGAAGAUACCGCUCGGUGUUACACUCCCUCAGGAUGUCGCUCUGAUAAAUCCGCUGGGUGUUGUCGGAUAUGUUGGGACCGGAGCAGUGUGUUAUAAACCUUUGUUAUCACUGCCGAGGGAUACCAACUCGGUUGAGAGUGCAUAA